AUGAGCCAUGCCUCCUCCAUGUCCGAGGUGACAAGCAACGACACGGCUGGGCGACCAGUAGCGACGCCGUCGCAGCAGACACGACCAGCCAGCGCAGACACCAACAGCCGGGCAAGCACGCGAACCUGGGACUAUGUCUGGAGAACCGGAGUCGCGGGUGGUCUGGCAGGAUGUGCGGGUAAAACCGUCGUUGCGCCUCUCGACCGCGUCAAGAUUCUCUUUCAGGCCAGCAGUCCCCAAUUUGCGAAAUAUACAGGCUCAUGGUUCGGUGUCGCGACCGCUAUGAAAGAUAUAUAUGGACAGGACGGAAGUCGGGGCCUGUUUCGCGGCCACUCGGCUACUCUACUUCGAAUCUUCCCCUACGCCGGCAUCAAGUUCCUCGCCUAUGAGCAAAUCCGAUCGAUCAUCAUCCCCUCGAGGCAUCACGAGACGCCGUGGCGACGAUUAGUGAGCGGCAGCUUGGCCGGUGUGACUUCCGUCUUUUUCACAUAUCCCCUCGAAGUCAUACGCGUGCGCAUGGCGUUUGAGACCAAGCGCGAGGGGCGGUCAUCACUGGCAUCCACAUGUCGCCAGAUCUACAACGAGUCCCCAAUCAACCACUCAACCACGGCGAAACUACCUCAUGCGCCGCAGCCGGUCCAGGCCGCCGCGGAGACGAUACAAAAGGUGGCACCCCGCAUUGGCAUUGGCAACUUCUACCGUGGUUUCUUCCCUACCGUGCUCGGCAUGCUCCCCUAUGCCGGCAUGUCCUUCUUGACGCACGAUACCGUGAGCGACCUCCUGCGUCACCCCUCGAUAGCGCAGCAUACGACUCUACCCCGGAAAAAGAACCACCCACAUGACAAACCCGCUGCCUUGCGGUCGUGGGCCGAGCUCACCUCGGGAGGCAUAGCAGGUAUUGUCUCGCAGACGGCGUCGUACCCUCUCGAGGUGAUCCGUCGACGAAUGCAGGUUGGCGGCGCGGUGGGCGAUGGGCGCAGGCUUGGGCUUGGCGAAACAGCCCGCAUGAUAUUCAGGGAGAGAGGUUUCAGGGGUUACUUCGUGGGCUUGACGAUUGGAUACGUCAAGGUGAUGCCCAUGGCUGCCGUGGCUUUCUAUACCUACGAGCGGGCGAAGCUUCUGAUGGGGAUUUAA